UGAUUGUGCCGCUCCACCAGUGUAUACAAGGUCGUAACUUGCGGUGCUCGAUGCUCCGACGUUCUGGAGGGCCGUGGCUUCGAACCGACGCCGUCGCCCUCCCAGCGCUGCGCAGCCGCGCUUAGCGGCUUCCCGCCUAGCUCCGCGCCCCACCAGCGGCACAAGCCAUUGCGUGGAUGGAGCGGCCCCACUACCGACCCGGCGCCUGCUCCACCGAACUGCCUUCGAUGUUUUUUUUCAUAUGUCCCGUGCACCCGAUCCGUAGCCAUUUUGGCUCAAGCGUUCCCGAAAAGAUUUCAAGCCUUGCGAGCUCCCGUGGUGCCGCCUCUUUCGCCGCGAUGGCCAACCCCAAGGUGUUCUUCGACAUGACGAUUGGCGGAGAGAGCGCCGGCAGGAUCGUCAUGGAGCUCAGGGCCGAUGUGGCCCCGAAGACCGCGGAGAACUUCCGCUGCCUCUGCACCGGGGAGAAGGGUACGGGCAAGUCGGGCAAGCCCUUGCACUUCAAAGGCAGCUCCUUCCAUCGCGUCAUCCCAGACUUCAUGUGCCAGGGCGGCGACUUCACUGCUGGCAACGGCACGGGCGGUGAGUCCAUCUAUGGCAGCAAGUUCGCGGACGAGAAUUUCACGCUCAAGCACACGGGCCCUGGCAUCCUCUCCAUGGCGAACGCGGGCCCCAACACGAACGGAUCGCAGUUCUUCCUCUGCACGGUGAAGACCGCCUGGCUCGACGGCAAGCACGUCGUCUUCGGCUCCGUGACCGAGGGCAUGGACGUCGUGAAGAAGGCCGAGGCGGUGGGCUCGCAGUCCGGCAAGUGCAGCAAGCCCGUGGUAAUCUCCGACUGCGGGCAGCUCUGAGCGCGCCGUUGCGCUCGCCCCACGACCGCCGCCGCCCUUGCUCCUCUCCCGCCUCCCCCUUUGUCUUCUUUCCUCCUCGCUUGCCCCUCCUCGGGCGACGGGUCUAGACGUGGUUCCAGAUUUUGACACGGACUCGAAGGGCCUUCGGCGCCUUUCUGCCGCUCAAAGGUCAGCAGGCGAAUCCAUGGUGGGGUAUUCGGCUAGCCAUGCUGCCACAGCAGAGCCAUGCUAAUACGCUGCAGAGCAUUGCGGAUGUCGCUGCAUAGCUGUGCGAGGAA